AGCCACUGCAGCACCAGGAGAAGGAAGAGAAUCCUCACAGCAGCGCAGGGAUCGAAGGAGAGAGGGGAGAUAGAGCGAGUGGACUGUGGAAAAAUGACAUUAGCUUUCAUUUUUUACCCAGAGUGACGUAUUGUUUGCUUUCACAUUAUCAAAGAAAACCAGCGGCCGCCACAUUGAUGAUGAGUCGCAUAAAAAGAGCAUAAGGUAAGACGGGGAAAGGCAGCGGAUCUCUCGUCUCUUGGAAGGUUUCCUCCUCCAGGGUGGGCUUGGCUGGUGGGAGACGGUCACUUACAGGAGCCAUGCAUCAGCGGUGAGGGGGGGACCACUGCGAGGGACCAACGCGGCGGGGGGCAGGUGGCGCGGAGAUGAAGCUCAAACAGCGCGUGGUGGUGCUGUGUGCCGUGCUCCUCCUGCUGGGCCUGGCCAAGAUCUUCCUGCUAGAUGGAGGCGAGGGCUCUGCAGCCAGCCGCCGGGACCUGCGGGCGUUUCGUAAGAUGGAGUCGGGUCUCUCUCUGCCUCGAGGAGCUCGCCUCACACACACUCUCCAGUCUCCGUGGGAGAUAGCGAGUCAGUGGGUGGGCCCCAGAGAGGUGUACCCGGAGGAGACCCCUGAGCUGGCUGCUGUGCUGACCUCGCUGAGCACAGCCAGGAUAGAGCGCGCCGAUGUGGGCUAUAAGGGCACCCAGCUCAAAGCCUUGCUGGUGCUGGACGGAGCUCAGAAAGUGGUCUUUAAACCCAAGAGAUACAACAGAGAUUAUGUGGUUGAAGGAGAGCCAUACGCAGGAUACGACAGACACAACGCAGAGGUGGCUGCUUUUCACCUGGACAGGAUCCUUGGGUUCAGGAGGGCGCCUCUGGUGGUCGGUCGCUACGUCAACCUGCGUACAGAGAUCAAACCCGUGGCCACUGAUCAGCUGCUCAGCACUUUCCUCAUGCAGGGAAAUAACACCUGUUUCUACGGAAAGUGCUACUACUGCCGCGAGACGGAGCCGGCGUGUGCGGAGGGUGAGGUCAUGGAGGGCUCUGUGACCCUCUGGCUGCCUGACGUUUGGCCCCUGCAGAAACACAGACACCCGUGGGGGCGCACGUACAGAGAGGGGAAGCUGGCCAGGUGGGAGUAUGAUGAAAGCUACUGCGAGGCGGUGAAGAAAAUGCCCCCGUACGAUGCGGGGCCGAGGCUGCUUGAUGUUAUUGAUACGGCUAUCUUUGAUUAUCUGAUCGGCAACGCCGAUCGCCAUCACUACGAGAGUUUCCAGGAUGACGGAGGAGCCAGCAUGCUCAUUCUGCUCGACAACGCCAAGAGCUUUGGGAAUGCAGCUCUGGAUGAGCGAAGCAUCCUGGCACCACUCUACCAGUGCUGCAUGAUUCGCGUUUCCACCUGGAACAGGUUGAACUUCCUGAAAGGUGGAGUUCUGAGCUCCACCAUGCGACAAGCUCUUGCUUUUGAUCCCAUUUAUCCCGUCCUGGCCGAACCUCACCUGUCCGCUCUGGACAGGCGUCUGACAGGAGUCAUAACAACCGUGAAGCAAUGCAUGGAAGCACAAGGUCUAGACAACACUCUGAUAGAGGAUCGGAUGAACCUCCCACACCCUUAAGAAAACAAAAGCCGAUCUGAGAGACGCGGGUAAACCGCCACCCUCAGUCGGUGGCUCUGCAGCAUCAGGGAAGGAAAAGCGGAAUGAGUUGGUGAAAAACGCCCCGGAUCAGAGGCGCGGCGUUGCUUCAUCCUCCAUCCGUUUAUUUAAACUCUGAGGAAUGUGAUUCCUAAUGCAGAACUCUAUCAGAAGAGUCAAAGUAGUUAUUUCAUACAUCCUCUCAGGACUGUUAUUUCCCGUGCCAAUCCUCGCUCAUCAUCAUGCGUGUUUGUUUCGUCUUCAUCAGCUGCAGACGAUGGUUGGAGCUGAAAUACGGACGUGGAACUUUAAAAUGAGCCUCUAACUCUGAAAGCGACGCUUCGAUCGGCCUGGAGCUUAACGAGCCAAUAAACUGGAGAAAUGCUUUAAUUAUUAAAAAAGAAAAGUCUGUUUUAAAUGUACUGAUGGUUGACUCAUCUUCGCCCAGCGGUGUACAAAUUCAAGUAGUGAUUUAGCUUAAUGAACAGACAGAAUAUAAAUAUUUGGAUGAUAAUAUUAGAUGGACUUAAGAGAAUGUGUGUGUGUGUGUGUGUGUGUGUGAGGGAGUGAAAGAAAGGAGUGAGUGUGUGCCAUAUUGUGCCGUAAAUCAGAAAGCUACUGAAAUGAAGGACCUGAAUCAUGGUGGAGUCUGAGGUUUGAUGGUGUUUGGGUUCAUUUCUGGUAUUAAAACUUGGUCUACAUUAUC